AUGGCAGGAGGCGAAAUGCUAAGAUGUUUCGCAGUUGGUGCCGCUCCAGGACCCGUGCUCAAGUACCCUGCACAAUUUGAGCAUAAAUGCCCAAAGAUGUUUAUUGCUCGGCACGAACAAUCCACGGGACAUAUGGCCGAAGGUUAUGCUAGAGCGACUGGCCAGCCGGGUGUGGUCAUCGUAGGAACUGGCAGUAGUAUCACCAACAUGGUCACUCCCAUGCAGGACGCACUAUGUGAUGGGACGCCAAUGGUGGUUCUAUGCACUGGUUUGUGGAUGAGCCAGGCAGACUCGAGUGCCCAGGAACACACCGAUGUGCUCUUCUUGACGCAGAGCUGUACCAAAUGGAACGUGGAAGUGUCAGCGGUCGAAGACCUUCCAACAAGAAUCACCCAGGCGUUUCAGAUCGCCACUCACGGCCGUCCAGGUCCCGUGUUGAUCUACUUACCACGAACCAUGAAACAACCUUCUCAAGACUCACUCCCGACAAGGAAGCUACCCAUGAAUCCCCCACUCGGAAGGAGUGCAGCAGGAGUACCUAAGGAGGAAGAUGUCAGCGAAGCUCUUGCUAGAGUGGCACGCCUGGUCAACAUGGCGCAAAGACCCGUACUGUACGUCGGCCAAGGGAUGCUCGCGCUGCCCGAAGGCCCAUCGAUUCUCAAGGAUUUCACUGACCGGACCUCAAUACCGGUAACGACAUCUCUACAAGGACUCGGGGCAUUUGACGAGCACGACCCAAAAGCAUUACACAUGUUUGGACUUCACGGGACAGGAUACGCCAACCAUGCGAUCCAAAAGGCCGACUUGAUUCUCGCCCUUGGGGCCCGCUUUGACGACCGCGUUACAGGAAACGUUACCAAGUUCGCCCCUCAAGCUACCCUCGCAGCGAGCCAGGGUAGAGGAGGCAUUGUGCAGUUCGACAUCGCGCCCAAGAAUGUGAAUAAGAUUGUCCAAGUGACAGAGAGUAUUUAUGGGGACUGCGCUACUCGUCUCGCUCAAUUAUGUCCGCUGGUUACUCCAGUAGUCAGUCGACCGGCCUGGUCGCAGCAGAUUUCCGAGUGGAAACAGCGAUACCCGCUGUCAGCAUACAAAAAGGUGCCCACAACGCCUGAACCCGACCUUAUCCGCACACAGGAGGUGAUUGAGCGACUUAGCGACAUGACGGACUCGUACAAGGACCGCACACUUAUCUCGACAGGAGUGGGCCAGCACCAGAUGUGGGCGGCCCAGUAUUUCCGAUGGCGACAUCCUCGUACCAUGAUCACCUCGGGCGGCCUAGGAACUAUGGGCUACGGCCUCCCUGCGGCGAUAGGCGCAAAGCUCGCUCGUCCCGAGUGCCUGGUGAUUGAUAUUGACGGAGAUGCGUCCUUCAAUAUGACUAUGACAGAGCUGUCGACGGCGGCGCGCGACGGUAUCGACGUUAAAGUCCUCCUGUUUAACAACGAGCAGAUGGGCAUGGUGUCAGAUCUACAGCGAGUCUAUUUCGGCGGCCGCCUUAACCAGAACCGUCAGAAGAACCCGGACUUUGUGCGUGCCUCGCGCGCCCUGGGCGUUCAGGCCGAGCGGUGUGACAAACGAGAAGACAUCGACCGCAUGCUAGACUGGCUAAUAACGUCAAAGGGACCCGCCGUGCUGGAGGUCAUGACGGAACAAAAUAGCAGUGUUUGGCCUAUUGUGCCGGCUGGCAAGGCGUUGGAUGAAUUCAUCACUUAUCUGCCAGAAAACUGA